AUGAGUUUCAAAGACCCCAUAUACCCGCUGGAGAACCAUUGCUCCGUCAUUCACGAGAACACGCUCUAUGUCUAUUCGCCCGAGGGUUUCCAGUCUUUGGAUCUUGCGAAGGGGUCGGAAUGGGAGAAGUUGCCCAUGGACAUAUCCUUGACGGGCGCCGAAUGCAUUGUGGCACCAUCGUCCGGGGAUGCAAACACCGACAUGAUGUUCGUUGUUGGAGGAAGAGUGAACGAGACCGUAAGACAGUGGGACUACCCUGGGCUUAUGCACUUCUCGUUCAAGGAGAAGAAAUGGGAUUGGCAGCGGUCGGAGUCCUGGGUAACGAAGGAACGAACCAACCACGCCGCCAUCUACAUCCCCGACACGAAACAAAUUCUCGUAUACUCAGGGUCCUCAGAUCCUCAGUCGAACGGUCUCUCGUCGGAGAGCUUCUUGAUCGACACAAAAACCCCUUACGCUGUUCUCAGCCAGCCGGCUGGAGCCAAUCCGCCCCUCGUCAAACCGAUGCUAAUGCAGUGGGACUCAACUCACGCAGUCAUGGUGGGAGGUGGAGCCUCAAACACGGCCAUUUACACGUUUGGCGCCAUGUCGGAUGCUUCUGGUGCUAUGGAGGGAUGGAAAGAUCUGGGCGUAGCAAUUCCGGAACCCAUCACGAGCCAGGAGACGACCCAAUGCACCCUGAUAUCAGGUGACGAUGGGAGCAAGGUACUGGAGACGUUCGACAUGAGUGUGUCACCUAACAAGGUCACGCGGACCGUUCUGCUCACAAAGGGCGGGUCCGUUGCUGCCCAAGGCACGACUGUUGGCGGUAAUUCGAAACGAUUCACGCUUGACGACUUCCCCAAAUACAACGACACCCUCGCACCAAAGCUCAUCCGAAGCGGCUUCUCGACCGCUCAGAGCGACUCUGACAAGAUUAUCUUCUCAGGGGGCAAUGCUGAAGAGCCCCUGAGCAUCUUCGACGCCUCAGAGAACUCAUGGAUCAACGCAACGGAACUCUUCACCGGCAGCCAACUGCAAAAUGUUCUGUCUCCUUCAUCUUCCGUAACCUCUUCAUCACCAACAUCGACGGCGACAGAGACAGCUGCAGCUUCUUCUUCCGCGGCUGCUGAUCCUGCGGCUGGGGCCCCAGUGAACAACAAGGACAGGAUGCUGACAGUUCUUGGUGCGACUCUGGGCGCCAUAUUCGGAAUCGCUGCUCUGCUCAUCCUAUUGCUCUUCUGCCUCAGGUGGAGAAAGUCGAAGAAGAGGAGGACAGCGCAGGGCGGAUACGUGGAGAAGGAUCGUAUGAGCUUCGCUGACCGCGGCGCUGAGUUCAUGAAGGAGGCAGGAGGCGCAGGUUUUGAUCAACCCAAAUUUUCCGAAGUGAAUGCCUCCCAAAGCUCGCUCGCCAUCAUUGGAGGCCGAGCCGCCAACAGCCACAAACGCGGCAUGUUGAGCGAUGCAAGCACGUCUGGUCUGGUCAAGAAGGCUAGCCCUCUUGGAUACACUGAGCCUGUCGAGCUAUCGAAGUUCGAUUUGAAGCCAGAACCUAUCGAGGAGAGGAUUAUACGGCAGAACUCUGGCCGGAUACCGCCCCAGCCCAAGGCUGUCGGCAACCUCAACAGGAGUCGCAGCUCUGGUUGGAGUCGCUACUUCGCUAACAACGAUGCGACCAAUCUCGCUGCUAUGCCUGCGGACAACCGCUCAACCUUCGCCUCUGAACGUACAAGCACGGGCAGCCAGUCCAUUUACAACGACUCACGCAUGUACAGCCAGCCAAUGCAUGCCCCUCCGCCACUUGAUAUUCCCAAGUUCGAGAACCAACGCAUAAGCAAAGUCACUUCUGGAAGCCCAACAUUGGGCAACUCGACAGACAACCUACCCGGUCAGCCUAUGCAGGCAGAACUAGCGCGAGCCAACUCAGGGGCCAGCACACGUUCCGGCAUCAGCCACGAUGAUCACUACCUGAGGGAUCCCGUAGAGAGCUGGACACCUGUCGGGCACGACGAGCGACCACCGAGCAGCAACUACACGGGUAGCGUCGUGUAUGAUCAUCGUGAUGGUGCUAGUUCGUAUUAUCCCGAUGCCGCGUCCUCGUUCUACCCGAAGAGCGGGAUCAGCUCAUUCUACCCUGGCCAACCAACGCUUGGUGCACCCGAUGUUCGGGAAAGUACCAAUACUGUCUUCCCGGCUGGCAACUUGGCAAAUAUGCAGCCUGGCCAACAACAGCAUAAUGACUUCGACUCCUUCUACCCUGCGCCUCCACGCCUGGGAGGUGCACCAGACGGCCGGGAGAGCCAGAUCACUGUGUUUCCCGGGGGCCCUGGCAGCAACACACGCAAAGAAGGAGGACAGGACAUGUCCUGGCUGAAUCUUGGAGUUUCCAAGUGA